GCAUGGAUACUUGUGGCGCCCUGUCAGUGCAGAGCAGCGUGUUUCCCUCUCACCGCCACACUCGGCUCCCCACCGACCGAACAUGAAGCGAUCCAAGGGCGGCUCCGGGGACGACCCUCCCCGGGAGAACGGCUCCUCUGGCCGCCGCAGGAAAGUGGAGCUACCGCAGAGCAACGGGGACGACAGCGACUCUGGCUACGGUCCGACCGACCUGCGGGACGACGGCGACAAUGACCCGGCCGCCCGGAGGGAGAUACGGAGCAGGUACAGAGACCUGAUCAACACCGUGCAACAGAGUAGAGAGGACAUGCUGAAUCCCUCCAACAACAAACUCACUGAAGUUUUAGAGGAGGCCAACAAGCUGUUCGAAGAUGUUCGACAGGCGAGGGAAGCGGCUCUGGAUUCCCAGCUCCUUGUCAUGGCCACAGACCUGGGGAAAGAGAAAGCCAGUCAGAUGUUUGCUGAAGGCAUCGCUUUCGACCCCGCCGCCUUUACUGAGCAUCUUUUGUCCUUCAUGGGUCUGAACCGACUAGAAGACGGCGAGGACGAGCAGAACGGGGGCACAGUUGAGGGUUACCUUCCCCAGGAUGCCUGGCACAGAGUGGCCCGGAGGGCAGAGGGCUGUUUCAGGACCGCACCCUCCUUCCACUACAUGAUGGGCUCGUUCCAUGCAGAGCCGCCUCCUCCAAAGCAAAAGAUAGUGCGACAAAGUAAAGCAACUACAAAGGACACCCAAAGGAUCAUGCCCACUCAGCUGAAGAAAAUGGAAGAGUCCCAUCAAGAAGCGACGGAGCAAGAGGUUGAAAGGAUCCUAGGAUACCUGAAGAGUUAUUACAAAGACGAUCCAACAUCGCCGAUUUCAUACUAUGAGUUUGUCAUUGACCCCAACUCGUUUUCUCGGACAGUAGAGAACAUUUUCCACACAUCUUUCCUGAUCCGGGACGGUUUGGCACGGAUGCAUCUGGAUGGCAAACUGCCUUGUAUAGCACCUGUAGAGGAGGGCGAGGCAGAAGCUGCAGGAUCCAUCAGCCGUAAACAGUGCAUCAUCUCAAUAAGUCCAAAGAUGUGGAAGGAGCUCAUAGACGUCUUCGAAAUCACACACACGAUGAUUCAUCCUCCUAACACACAGAAGGAGUGAGGGGCCGCGCCACUUUUUCUUAGCUGCAACUGAAAUAGAUUUUUAGGUGUGUUGCUUUUUUUGAGGGGAUUUCUACAUAAUACCGACAAAUUCUUUGAAAUUUUCUAUGAAACGUAGAUCAAUUUUUGAGUUCAUAAUAACUCAAAUGCACAUUUUAUUUUAAUGUUUGUGUUACUGUUUUUAGAAGUUUAAAUAAUAAAAAAAAUGAAGAGAAAA